CAAACUUUUAAUUUAUCACAACAAAUUUUUAUGUUGACUCCCAGUUAAAUUCAAACAAAGGUAAAAUACCGGGACCGGUUGUGUAGUGGUAAGCGUGGUCGCCUCUUACCCCAGUUGGACUGGGUUCGAUUCCAGUUGGCAUUUUUCGAGGCGAGAGUUGUCUAAUCACGCCGGGAAGUAAAUGUUGGUCCCGGUCAAAGAAAGAUGUUAAUCAUUUUUAUCAUCAAAUUUCUUCAUGAAAUUUUCAAGAGUGAUCGAAAAUUAUCUAUCAGUGGUUUUAAUAAAUUUUCUGUAACAAGCAUUUUAGAGCAUUUAAACCCUAAUGCUAUCAAAACAAUUAUUUAAUUCAUCAACGACUAAAACGUCUGCGAUUGUAUUACAGAUAAACCUCUUUUUACGUGAUGAGGCCUUUUGUCAGUUGCUCUGGAACGACGCAACAUUUUUGCAUUUUUUAAAGCAAUGUUUAGGUAUACUCGUUUGCUCGUCACUGACCUGGGUACACGUGCGAAAUGCACCGCUGGAGGGGGGUGACCAGGGCUGGGCCGAUGCAGCGCCAACCGAAACACGUGCAGCCCAGCAGUACUUUUGGGCAGUAGUCUGUCCAGCAGUCCAGCUUAAACUCUAGUCGACAUCGAGCUGACUAUUGUUUAGCGUGCAGCUGUGCCCCGUGGUAUUGUUGGUGCAGUGGUACAAGAGAAACCAGGAAGAUAUGCAGAGCUUGCGGAACAUCGGUGGCAGUCCGUACGAGGCGGCACCUCGAGGGGAUACCUUGCGGAAGCUACGCGACGGGUCGGGUUCCGGGUCAGAUGGGCUGGCGACGGUCAAGUUUGUGCUGAGUUGCUUGAUCGACGCUGGCACGUUCCUGGUGCUGCUGGUACCGAUUCUGGUCAAGUACGUGGUUGGGCUGUUUGUUAGUCCUCCGAAGAAGGACAUCCGCGGUCAGUUGGCCCUCGUGACGGGUGGCUCGAACGGGCUAGGCAGGGAGAUUUGCUUCCAGCUGGCACGGAAUGGGUGUCACGUGGCGGUCGUUGACCUGGACUCGGUGAACGGGGAGAAGACUGUUCAAGACUUGCACCAGCAGUACGGUGUGAAGGCGAUGUUCUACAAGGCGGACAUUUCCAGCUAUGAAUCGGUUCAGGAGCUGCGAAAGAGUGUCGAGAGCAGCCUCGGGCAGGUGGACAUUUUAGUGAACAAUGCCGGCGUGAUGCCGCUGAUGUCCGUUCGGGAAGGAACGCCGGAGGAUUUGAAGAGGGUGCUGGAGAUCAACUUGCUGUCGCACUUUUGGACCAUUCGAACCUUUAUCGACGGAAUGGUAUCGCGUCGAAAGGGCCACAUUGUGGCCGUUGCUUCAGCAGUAGCAUACCUUCCGCUAGGACGCCUGUGCUCCUACGUGGCCUCCAAGUACGGAGUCCGCGGCCUGAUGGAAGCCUUCAACGACGAGCUGUACUGCGACGGGCUGCAGAACGAGGUGUUCACCACGACCGUGAACCCGAUCUUCCUCAACACCCGCAAGGAUCUCAUCGAUGCGCUGGACAAGGCCAACCUGCUUGGAAGGAUGCCCAUUUUUUCCGCUAAAACGAUGGCACGUGCCGUCGUCGGAGGAAUGUUGCGCAACCGGCAGGACGUCUUCGUUCCGAAGGCAAUAAAGCCGUUCCUCAUUCAGUACGAGAAUAUUCCAAAUGAGAUCAAAAGACUGGCGCGCAGAAUUAUGCUGAGAACGGAUAUGCCCAAAUUGAUGGACUAGCUUUUCCACCCGCAAAUGAGAAGUUUGCGUGAGAAGUGUGAUAUUUUAAGCUCUGAGAUUCCAAUGCGAAGUUCCGGUAGUCGUUUUUGUUACACGUUUUUGUAUGUUACACGCUACACCAUAGACUUCAACAACACUUUAAG